CACAUAGGCUCCGUAGUUGUGUCCACGUUUCUAAUCGUAAAGAAAAAACUUGACUCAGUAAAGUGAAAUCUUGACAAAAUAGAAGUUGUUCUAAUAAACGUUAUGUUCAUUGCAAAAUAGUAGUUACUUUCUUGUGAUAAAUGGGGGAUUGGCUUCACAGUUUCAUAUUCGCCGCCUGGGAUAAUGUUGUGGGUCCUAAAAUUCUCAAGAAAUGGCCAACUUCAGGUUUCAUGUGUUCUAGUGAAAACACAUCCUUUGGUGAUGAAGUGGAUGAAGUAGGAACUGAAAUUAAGGAAGAAAGAGCCAUUGAUUCAACUAAUGAAACAAGUGCGUCAAGGAAGACUUUUUCCAUGCAAGCUGAUGAAGAUUCAGUUGCCAAAUAUAUUUCUGUUCAUACGCUAACCGGUCACUUAGCCAAAACAAAGUAUACCGAUUAUGAUGGAGUAAAUGAAAUCUCUUUGAAUGUUCCAGCUCUCGGUUUUGCCUCCCAAACUGCAACAUUUUACUGCCUGUGCUUUUCAAACAAUUAUGGAGAAACCAACAAUAUUUGUAUUGAAGAACCCCAUAUGGUGUCACUUAGUAUGGUGUUUGAUUAUAAGAAGGGCCUUGAUGCAUUCUGGAACCUUCAGCCUCUUAUAGUACACCUUCUGAGCAAAACAGUGGAGAGACUUAAAGUUGGACUUUCUCAGGAUUUAAAUUACCAUGAAGAACCAAUUGUUUCUGAAUGGCUAGGAGAAAUCCAUCAUAUACUGAAAGACAGCUGCACACUAAGGAUUAGUAGGUCUCCACCAACUAGUCCCAUCUCAAUUAAACAAACAAUGUUUAAAAAGUCCCAGAUAGCUUGGGAUGUUGUUAUUACCUCAAUGCUUACUACAAUGGGAUCCUGCUGUGUUGUUGGAAAAAGCGAAGAACAAAUCAAUGGGGCCAUAGAUGUAUUAGCAUUUUUUCUUCCAGACACCCAUCAAUUUCUUUGCUCACGAUAUGCUGCCAAUAGAUUUUCCAGUGGCCUUUUCAUUCAAGGGCUUUUGGAAAACAUCAAUGGAGUUAGAAACAUUAACUCAGCCGACAUUUUGUUGAACGAAUUCCCGCUAACCCUACUAGACCUCACGCAGAAAGGCAGGAUAAGAUUUUCUGGAAAUGUUCACGAACACUAUCGCUGUAAACAGCGUCACGCACGAGAACAAGAAUUCAACAUUAUCCAACGAAGACAACCAAACAUUCCUUUUUCCACUGAAAGUGUUUUCCGUCCAUGUGGUGAGUCAAGUCGCUACGUUCGCUGGUGUCUGGAGCAGCUGGCAACUCAUAAUACUGAACACUGGUCUAGAAUUAUUGCAGCUUUCCAUCAAGCAUUGGCACUACAAGCUCAUGAUGUGAUCAAAGCGUUUCAAUCGAAACCUUUCCCAAAUGGAGAAAGUCUGAAAUUGAUGAGAAGUCAACUAAAAAAGUCUAUGAAGAUAGCCGAGUCGGAUUUUUGGCUUCUCGUUUCUACGGCGGAAAGACUUAAACCCGGAUUUUCCCGUAUAUUUGCCAACUACAGGCUUUAAAUGAAAGCGUUCCUCUGGUUCAUUGUCCAAAUAAGGUCAGUGCCUGUUAGACAAUGUAAGAAAAUGUAAAGAUGAACAAUGCAGAGAUGUGUGCGUGAAACGUAUCUAGAUGCGGAUGAGAACUCUGUUCCCUCAAACCGUAUCGAUUACUUAGCGAAAUUAUUUUUGAGACGUGUAGAACAAUAAAACAAUUCGCUGCAA